CAAGCUGUGGACAAGACAGUGGAUUCCCAUGCCACGCGGUUACUGACUCUGGAGAGGAGAGUGGGAACAGCUGAGAAGAAAUUAGUCGAUUGUGAGAAAACGGUGAUACAAUUUGAAAGCCAGCUGGAGAGUGCCGGUGACAUUCGACGACAUCUCCGUCUAUUUCAGCGAGCAGGAGUGGGGGAGCUUAGAGGAAUGGCAGAAGGAGCUUUACAAGAACGUGAUGAAAGGGAAUUAUGAGGCCCUGAUCUCCCUGGACUACGCCAUCUCCAAACCUGACCUUCUAUCCCGGAUUGAACGAGGGGAGGAGCCGUGUGUCGGGGAUCGGGGUCGUUCAGAGGAGAGCGAGAUCCCUGCAGACCCCAGCCCAGAACCCCCCAUUUCUGCAUCAGACAUUUCAUUGUGGAUUAACCAGGAGGAGGAGGAUCCGGGCUGCGGGGGCCAAGGGGACUCUGGGGAAAACGAAAUCAGUGGAAGCCCCUGCUCGGAGUUUCAGAUUGUCCCCCCCGAUGCCGUGUCCUGGGUUAAACGAGAAGAGGAGCCGUGUGCACAGGAUCGGCCGGUCUCUGGAGAAAGCAGAACCCCUGCAGGCCCCAGCCCUGCAGCCGGCAGGAUUGUGAUCAAAGCCGAGGAGCAGCAAGUUGAGGAAAAGCCUGAAAUCCUGGAGCUGACGACGACAUUACUGGGAAGAGCAGACGACGAGGCUUUCCAGAGCCAAGGCCAGCCAGCAGAGAGUCUGUGCAGCUCAGAAGGACAGCAGGGAGCUGGAGAGGGCCUGGAAGAGCCCACCGCACGCGGGAGCAAUCUGUGUGAAUGCAAGCCAGGGGCGGCGCUGGAGGAAGCCCGUGCAGACCAAGGCCCAUUUACACCUGCAGACCAUGGGCCAGGCGUCAGAAUCGAGCAGCUCCCUCCCCUGCCCCAGAGAAUCCUGACUGGAGGAAAACCCUGUAACUGCGCUGAAUGCGGGGAAAGCUCUUGCCUCCAGCCCAGCCUCCGGAAGCACCAGUUGCCUCAUGCCGGACAGGGGGCUAACGUCUGUGGCGAGUGUCGGCAAAGCUUUCGGCCGAAGAGGAGCCUUCUAACACACCAGCGAUCCCACGUGGGGGAGGGCAACGGGCCCUUCAUUUGUCCCGCCUGCGGGAAGAGCUUCGGCUGCCACCCGGCGCUCACGCGGCACCGGCGGCUGCACGGCGGGGAACGCCGGUACAAGUGCCCCGCGUGCCCCAAGAGCUUCCUGCAGAAGCGGCACCUUGCGGAUCACACGCGGCUGCACACGGGGGAGCGGCCCUUUCCGUGCCCGGCCUGCGAGAAGACCUUCAACGAGAAGUCCAACCUCAACAAGCACUACCGGAUCCACACGGGCGAGCGGCCCUACCCCUGCGCCCAGUGCGGCAAGAGCUUCACCCAGAAACACCAUCUCCAGAAGCACCAGCGCGUCCACGGGGGGCCGAGGCCGCAGCCAUGGGGGGGAGGGGGGGAUGGCUUCCCGGCUCCCCCGGCAAACCCUGCGGGGGAGAGACUCUACCCCUGCAUCGAAUGCAUGGAGAGCUUCACCCAGAAGACAACCCUGGAGCAGCACCAGCGACUGCACACCCAGGAGAGGCCCUUCCAGUGCACCAAGUGCAACAAAAGCUUCCGGCACAGGCAGUCGCUGAACAACCAUCAGAAGAGCCACUCUCCCCCCAGGGCUUCACCCCGCCACAGGCAGCGGACGGAGACAGCCCCCGCAGGGGAAAGACUGAAAACAGGCAGCAGCCCAGCGGGCUGGCAGUGGGGAGGAGGCAAUUUACAGGCUGUUCCCUCCCCAGAAAUACAGUAACACAUUACAUGACGGGCCCAUACGCUCUAUAAUAGCAGCUGGCGUUUACCGAGCGCCAGACUGGUCCAAAGCACGGGCCAGUCCUUCAUGAAUCCUCCCAGUGCCCCUGUAAGACGGGGGGUCAGGACUGACCUACCUGCUUCACAGGCAGGGAAAGUGACUUGGCAAAGACCAUGCAGUGAGUCAGUGACAGAGCCACGAGCAGCACCCAGGCGCGCACUCACUCCUCCAGGCCACGCUGCUUUCGGAAAGUGUCUUUAACUGAAGUGGGACUUGACCCUGGUAACUAACAUGUAAUGGUAAACAGCAGAUGCUACAUUAGAGACCGUUACCUGAAGGCUGAUGUGUUUUGAGACCAGUUAUUUUUUUAAUGUACAUGAAAGACUAUCAGUGGGUUAGGGGCUGGGGAGGCUGGAAAGU